CUCUUCCUCACCUCCCAUCUACACCACAUGGCGCGAUAGAGUGCGCAUCCUCUUCGACGACUUCCAGAUAGAACUCGAACUACUGCUCCUUCCCCGUCACGCAACAUGGCUUUCAUCCUGCGUUUCCCGAAGCCUCAGUCCUUCCUUCACCUCAUGUCCCUUCGCACCGCCACCGAAAUCAUCACCCUCCUCUUCCUCGUCAACAAAGUCACGGGACUCUACGGCAUCCUGGCCAUCUUCACCGGCUACGAACUUAACCCGCUCCAACUCUCCCACUACAUCUACUCCCUCGUCAUCCUUUCGCUCGUCGGAUGGCUCGCGCCAAGCAUCAAGAGGAAAGACCAGCCGCUGCAGAACGUCGCGCUGGCAUGGGUGUACGUGAUCGACACGGUGGUCAACUGCGCCUACACCGCUCUCUUCAGCGCCGGCUGGUUCGUGGUGCUGGCGCAAAGCCUGAGCAACACCAGCCCGAUAGGACCGGGCGAUGUCUCCGACACACCCGGCGCGGGCACAAUCGAAGACACGGCCGGCUUCACGAAUCCGGCGACGAAUGUAACGCGAGUCGAAGUGCUUGCACAGCCCCGCCCGGGACUGGUGCCAGGCCAGACGGCGAUUGCUUUCGGCCACUCUUACGGCGCUAGUGCUCUUGGCGCCGCCAUUUUCCAGUCCGACAGCAUGGCCUCCCUCACCAUCCUGGGCCUGCUCUGGCUCAUGCGCACCUACUUCUGCAUUGUGUACAUGUCUUUUGCCCGCAGCGUGCUCCGCGCCUACAUUGCUCGCACGUCCACGGCGUACAGCCAGUCGGACGACCCGACCAUCGCCGAGAACCCGUUCCGCGCCGACCGCGAAGAGGGUGCAGGGUGGAAAGGCAAGCUUGGGCGAUUCAUGCUUCGCUUCCCCACCAAGCGGUACUGGCUUGGCCGCGAUGAGAGCGAAGGUGAAUGGGCUCGUGCCACCUCGGGCAAAUUCGAAAGUGGCAAGGGCACUGGGUUGAAGCUCAAGGUGCCGGGAUCCGGAGUGGGAGAGCGGGAAAGACGAGCAAGGAGUGGCACCGGGCCACCUCCGGCGCCAGUGAGCAAGGGGAAGGCGUAAUGGCCCCGUCUUCUGCAGUGUCUUGGAUAUCUUCUUGUACGGCCUGGACGGUGAGAAAAACGGGGAAAGGGAGUCUGGCUUUUGGGCGAGUGGCAUUGUUUGGCGUUUGGUGAUUGCGGAUAGGCCUAUGCACACUACAGGACAUAUCUAAUUCCCGUUGACCUCCGCGCCUUCAUGGCA